GUUUUAAAUUGAGGAAGUAAAUUAUUAAAUUUUUACUUAUUGAUCCGUUGUUUUUGUAAGAUAAAACUAUUACACAUAAUAAUUUGAUGGCCGACAUUAUCUAUAUAAGAGAAAAUGAUCAGGCAGUACCAGUACCUAUUAUAAGUCCCCAAGUACAACGUCUACGAGAGCUAUUUAGAGGUCGCUUUGCGUAUGAAGAAGCAGAGAGACUUAUAAACCACCACCAGAGGGAUCUCCAAACUACUGUUAAUUUUGUGCUCACAGCUGAUUUACCAACCAUUAGAAAUAUCAGCAGAUCCGAUGACGAAGGGUGGCAAAUUGUGAGAAACAACAGGGCAUGGAGAGAACUCGCACAGCAGGGCCAGUUGACGCACGAAGAACGUCAGUACGCAUGCGGACCAUGUGAUAACGUUUGGUGGCGAAAAGUACCAGCCAGAAAGAGGGUAUCGAAAUGUAAACGGUGUAAUGUCCGAUACGACGCCAUACCUCGUCACAGGGAGUGGGGAUGGGCAGAAUUCGCCUGCAAUAACAUCAACUGCGGGCAUGUGUUUAGAGGAUUUGGUCAAAUGGAAAACACAUGGAGCCCCUGUUUCCGCUGUAGAACGCCAUGCUUACCAGUGAAAAUUUUCCCAAGAAAAAAACGGAGCGAUGCAGAAAGAACUCAAAGAAGAGCUCGGGAUGAUCAUUCUUGUUUCAGUCAUAACUGCUUCAGAAGAGCAACUGGACCUCAACUAGGAGGGAUUUGUGUCCAUCCAAAGUCUUUACGUAGAGGAGAAAGAGCUGUAUUCCCUAGUCAUAGCCACACUAGUACAGGCUCGACCAUCGACACAUUCCUCACACAGGACGAUUUGUUCUCUCGGAUGUCGGACUUUGGACCUGAUGUUUCCGAUAUCGACGAAGACGAUGGUGAUGAUAGUAAUUGAACGGGAAACUGAUUAUC